AUGGAUGCUUCCACUCUAAUGACCAUACAUAACUCCUCGUUGGGUCCCCGGGCCCUUGGUCCCCAGCUGCUCAACGUCAAGGGCGACGCAUCCGGGGCGGCUACGGGCACCCGGCCCGUCGGCUCAGGGAGCCCGCGCGACCAGGUCCUUCUGACUAAAGUUCCCGGCGCAGGGAAGCUGGCGCGCUGGCGUCCUGCCGCGUCUUCGCCGGUGCCUGAGACUCGCGGUCCCGACUGUGGGACCGGCUGCCUCACACCCGGCCUCCGUCCUCCCGGGCCUUGUGGGCAUUUUACACAGGAGGGCUUGCGGACUGAGGCCCAGACUGCCCCCGUCAGCCCGUGGCCACCCAUCCCUCGGCGGAGGUCGCUGCCUUUCAGGGUCCAGUUCUGGCCCGACGGCGGCGGUGAUGUUGGGCCGGCGAAGGCCCGAGUCACUUUUGAGGAUGUGGCGGUGUAUUUCUCCCGGGAGGAGUGGGGGCUCCUUGAUUCGACCCAGAGGGGCCUGUACCGUGAUGUGAUGCUGGAGAAUUUCGCGCUCGUCGGCUCGCUGGGUUGUCUCUGUAGACUGCAGGAUAAGGAAGCCCCUCCCCAGCAGAGGAAGAGCUGCAGAGUCCUCUUACCAGAGAAGCCCGUUCUGUGCGGGGCAUCUGGGAAAGCCAUUUCUGCCACUUUGAGCUUCCUCCAGCCCCAGACCACCCACAGAGAGGGGAAUCCAUGCAGGAGCACCAAGUGCAGGGGGACCUUCCCACCCACCUCCUCUUGCCAGCAACAGCAGGGAGGCCAUGCUACAGAGAAGCCCUUCAAGUGCAGCAGCUGCGGGCAAGCCUUCCUGAAGGCCUUUGCGCUCCUCGACCACCUGAUAACCCACUCUAAAGACAGACCCUUCAGGUGCCCACCAGAUGGAAAUGCUUCCAAGGAGAGCUCAAGCCUGGUUCAUCACCGAAAAAUUCACACUGGAGAAUCAUCCCAUGUGUGUAGUGAGUGUGGGAAGGCCUUCACUUACCCAUCUAAACUGAGGAAACACCAGAAGGUCCACACUGGCAUAAAACCUUUCGAGUGCGGUGAGUGUGGAAAAACCUUCAACCGCAAAGACGCACUUGUUCUGCAUCAGAGAAUUCACACUGGAGAAAGGCCUUAUGAGUGCAGCGAGUGUGGAAAAUCCUUCAGUGUUCUGUCUACCCUCAUUCGGCACCGGAAAGUUCACAUUGGUGAAAGGCCCUAUGAGUGCAGGGAAUGUGGAAAGUUCUUCAAAUACAACCAUAGCUUCAUGCUUCACCAGAGAGUUCACACUGGAGAAAGGCCUUAUGAGUGCAAGCAAUGCGCAAAAACGUACGUGACCCGCUCUGGCCUGUAUCAGCACUGGAAAGUCCACACUGGCGAACGUCCCUAUGCGUGCAGCCUGUGUGGGAAGACCUUCACUACAAGGUCCUACCGUAAUAGGCACCAGCAGUUCCAUACUGAGGAGAGGUCCUAUGAAUGUACCGAAUGUGGGAAAGUCUUCAAACAUAGUUCUACCCUCCUUCAGCACAAGAAAGUCCACACUGGAGAACGGCCAUAGGACGGGGAUGUGGGAAAGCCUUCAGGCAUGCCUGGCACCUUGUUUGGCAUGGAAGUUCUCACUGUGGAAAGGAGAUUGAGGAGAUGAGCAAUUUGAAAGCUAAACGUGGCACACCUCAACACCCCCCAGGUAUGUGGGAGCUGUCAGGAAGUACGCUGCACUUUGACCUGCCCUGGCGGUUGGCAGUAGAGUCAGUGCCAGUUUCUGGGACAGAUGCCAUCCCACUUUGCCUCAGGCAUCCUGGUGUGCUUGGGCAAGUUCACCGCUGUGCUCCCUACAUGAUACAGGAAGGCAUCAUUAGUGGUGGAGCCCAUGAUGGUCUUACUUCUUCCCCUCAACUGGUUUAGGUGCGGACAUGACCUAGUUCUGGCCAAGGGUAGUUGAGCAGUGUUUGCUGGGUGCUUCCAGGGAAGGUUAACCGUUUUCAUGGACACUGUUGACAAUACGUAUGGUAUCUGUCAUGCAUUUAUCCAGCCCUGGAGCUGUCUCACGCUGCUCUGGCAUGUCUGGUAAUAAAGGCCUUUUUGUUUAAGCCACCCUUAA